AGAUAAACCAUAAGAGUAUUUCAAAUUUAUUAGUCAAUAAUUUUCAUAGUUCAGUUUUCUAAUUUCCUUUUUGAUCCGUGGCAUUCUGGACAGACCUGCAUGUACUUCACUUCUUUAUGAAUCUCAUUUUUGUAAAUAAACUUAUCAACAUUUCCCCUCUCUCUCUCUCUCUCUCUCUCUCUCUCUCUACACUCUGUCCUAUUCCAUUUCUGACUGAAAUCAACUUCUUUUAAACAUCAUCUCUUCUUCUUAGGAUCUCAAUCUUCAUUUCAAGCAAACAAGGUUGAUUUCAUUUGUACACUAUGGAGUGGACAACCAAUAUUGAUAGGACCUUAAGAAGUAAUAAUGGCAGAAAUGGAAAUGAGCAUAUCUCACUUUUGCCCAUGCUUCUCCAUUCAACUGAUGGCAUAUAUGAUCAAGAGGAAUUUGAUUAUGCUAAGGCAUUAUCACUCUCAGAAAUGGAAGUUGUAAAGCAACGUAUCAUUGAGAAACACAAGAUGGAAGCCAUCACAGCCCAAAUUGAAGAAGAUGAGCAGCUUGCCAAUGCAAUGCAACUAAGCUUAGUCAUGGAGUCUUCUCUUACAAAUGGCAGUGCACAUGCUUCUUCCUCUCGACCUUUUUCGGCCGCUAUGUCGAAGAUUCUCUGUGCUGGAUGCAACACCGAGAUAAGCAUACACGAACAUGUUUUCUGUUGGAAUGGUAUUGUUUGGCAUAUAGAAUGUCUCUUAUGCCUUACUUGCAAACAGCUAAUCAAAGAUGAUGAGUUAUACAUGUCUGAAAAUCGACCUUAUCACACAUCUUGUCCUAGGGAUAGACAUCCUAAAUGCUAUGUAUGCAACAACUUUAUCCCAUAUAUUAAUGGAGUGGUGAAAUUUAGCGAGCAUCCUUUUUGGGCACAAAAAUACUGCCCUUCCCAUGAAGAUGAUGGAACUUCCAGUUGUGUUAGCUGUGAAAGAUUACAGCCAAAAGGAAUCAAUUACAUUUUACUCAAAGAUGGCAGAAGCUUGUGUCCAGAGUGUUUCAGCUUCAAGAUUAUGGACACCAAUGAGUGCCAACCUCUUUUCCAUGAGAUACAAGAAUUCUUUGCAAGUUUACACAUGAAACUGAACCAAACAAUUCCGUUGGGGCUGGUCGAAAGGGAAGCGUUGAACAAUGCCAUGGAAGGGGAAAAGAAUGGACAUUACCAUUUAUCCGAAACUCGUGGGCUCUGCUUGUCAGAAGAGCAAACCAUUCCCAUUAUUCAUAUGAGGAAACAUAUUGGGAGACAUUCAAUCCUUGACAUACUCACACAGCCCCGCAGACUUGUUCGUAACUGUGAAGUUACUGCUAUACUCAUUCUAUAUGGCCUUCCCAGGUUGUUGACAGGAUCCAUUCUAGCACAUGAGAUGAUGCAUGCUUGGCUAAGGCUUCAAGGUUAUCCCAAUCUAAAACCAGAAAUUGAGGAAGGUAUCUGCCAAGUCCUAGCUCACAUAUGGCUGAAAUCCAAAAUCAAUAUGGGAUCUGAUGCUUCCAUGGCUGCUACUAGUUCAUCUUCUUCCCUGCAACCACCAUGUUCAAACAAGCAAGGGAAACUGAGUGAAAUAGAGAAAAAACUUGGAGAAUGUUUCAUACGCCAAAUCGAACUGGAUGCUUCACCAGCCUAUGGAGAUGGGUUCAGGGUGGGAGAGCAGGCAGUUUCCAAGUAUGGUUUGAAGGAAACUCUUGAUCACAUCAAACUCACUCAGACCUUCCCAGUUUAAAAGUUGAUAUCAUAGGAAAAAACACAAUUGUUUGUACAACGUUGGUAAAAAAUGAAAACAUGUAAUAAAAUGAAUAAUCAUGGCAAUUGAUCCGUUCUAUUUGAUAAGUUUUUAAUCAUCAUCAAAAUACUUUGACCUUU